AAACCAAUAAGGGACCAGUUCGGGCAUUCGAAAAGAUGGCUACGCUGCCGUCACCGACACAGGUGGCUGGAAACCACUGUGCCAUAUAUGAGACCUAUUAUAAUGUGGUGGACCCGAAUGGUUUCGGAACAGUGGGUGGAAUGGAAGCUGCGCGCUUCCUUAAACGAUCUGGGCUGAGUGAUGUUAUUCUGUCAAAAAUAUGGGAUCUUUCAGAUCCAGGUGGACGUGGUUGUCUUGAUAAGUCCGGCAUGUUUGUAGCUUUAAAAUUAGUCGCACUUGUACAAAAUGGUAAAGACUUAAAUAUCUCCAAUGUUAAUAUGGAUGUACCCCCACCAAAAAUGGGAGACAUCCCUCUACCAAAACCUGUGAAGCCUCCACCACCUAGUAAUACUCCUUUAAUUACCUCCUUGCCUCCAACAGCAGUAGAUUGGACAGUAAAACCUUCAGAGCGAGAAAAAUACGAUAAAUUAUUUGAGUCAUUGCAACCCAUGAAUGGACUAAUACCAGGCAAUAAAGUGAAAAACGUUUUAAUGGAAUCUAAACUACCAUUUGAAACGUUAGGUAAAAUUUGGGACUUGGCAGAUCAAGAUAAAGACGGAAUGUUGGAUAGGCAUGAAUUUAUCGCGGCUAUGCAUUUAGUUUAUAAAGCACUUGAUAAGUAUGCAAUACCAAAUACUCUUCCUGUCGAACUUAUGCCCCCUGCAAAAACGAAAAAUAGUCAUCACGUUGCAACCACUUUACUGAACAGAAGUUUAGACGGGGUUAAACCUGAUAUUCCUCCACCACCGACUGCAACUUCUGUUAUUCCACCAUUAAAACCCGUUCAGACUGUCCAACCGACAAUUCCGUGGGUUGUAACACCAGACGAGAAGGCCAAAUCUGACGCUCUGUUCAUAAAAAGUGAUAUUGAUAAAGAUGGAUUUGUGUCAGGACAAGAAAUUAAAAACGUGUUUCUUCAAUCAGGGGUACCACAACAUGUUUUGGCUCACAUUUGGGCGUUAUGUGAUAUUAAACAAAGUGGGAAACUAAAUAAUGAACAAUUUGCGUUAGCCAUGUGGUUUGUUGCAAGGUGCCUAAAAGGAAUAGAACCGCCAGCAGUGUUGACCUCUGAUAUGGUUCCUCCUAGUUUUCGGUCUGUUAAACCAGAUGGAAUUGUAGAAAACAACAACACACGAUACUCGAAUCCCGAACUGGAUAUGAUCAGUAAGGACAUUGAAGAAUUGGUUAGGGAAAAGUUAGCUUUAGAAACGGACAUUGCACAAAAAGAAGCGGACAUUAAAAUAAAGAGCGGCGAAAUUAAAAGUCUGCAGAGCGAACUUGAUACCCUGGCGGCGACCCUUAAGCAGUUGGAGAACCAAAAAGGUGAAGCCCAAAAACGCUUAAACGAUCUCAGAUCUCAGAAAUCUGAAAUAGACAGGGAGAUGGAAAUUAUCGUAAGGGAAAUAGAGGAAGAUAUGCUAAAGGUAGAUAAGUUGCGAGCUCAAGCAGCUGAACAAGCGGAGGCCGUCGCAGCACAAGAGUCUGAGUUGAAUUCUAAGAAGGAACAGUUGGAGGGUCUGCGGAAAGAGGAACAACGGUUGGAACAGCAGAAGAGAGAGAGCGAUGUGAAGUUAGAAAGUCUUACAACAAAUUUACAGGAUACUCAACUUAGCAUAAGUCAGACGAAAGCUUUAAUCACUCAAUUGCAAGAACAAACCCGACAGAUGAACGAUGCAAUUGAAGCAUGUGAUACUGCUAUUCAGUCUGGAGAUGCUAAUUCGGUGGUUGAUACGGCCUUGAGGAUUCAGCCCGAUUUUCGUGAUCCGGAAUAUUCGAAAAUUGGAUUGGAAAAUGGCAAUGCGAACAAAGAGGUAAUUAACAAUAGUUUUGGAGACUCAAAACAUGAUCCAUUCAGCAGUAAACCAAAUGGUCCUUUGGAUUCCUCCGGUUUUGGGGACGAUCUUUUUAAUAACGAUACUUUCAAGAAUUCCAAUGCCUUUGAACCUAGUGAUCCGUUUAAUUCUGCCUUUUCAAAAUCUACCGAUGAUGGUUUUUUAUCCGACCCUUUUGGAGGAAACGCGUUUACUGCAAGUACGACACCAAAAUCAGAUCCGUUUGACGCUUUCGGCGAUUCUCGUAAAAGUGUUGAUUCUGCAGUCGAGGAGGACAAGGAUGCCUUUGGAUGUGAUCCCUUCGCGGUUUUACAUGCGCCUACACGAGACGGAGCUCCCGCUCCUCCUCGACCCACAAGUCCUAGUCCAGCUUUGCCUCCUAAAAAAAGUAAACAGCCUCCACCGAGGCCAGCUCCACCUCGACCAGCGCAACCUCCAGCUGUCAAGAGACCAUCACAAACGGACCUAUUCAGUUCAGGGAAUGACUCAUUUUCAUCGAGCGGUGGUGGUUUUGCUGAUUUUUCAGAUUUCGACUCUAAGUUUUCCAAUAAGCCGAGCGACAAGGUAACCGCACAGCCUAAAGGUUUGGAUUUCACGGACGACCCAUUCAGAGAUUAUCGUUACGAAGACCCCUUCAACAUAAAAUUCGACGAGGAGCCACCUGAUGUGCAGACCGUCGAUACUUUGACCAGCGACGUCGAUGUAUUCGGUUGCACAAAAAUGAAAAGCUUCGACGAUUUAACCAGCGACAAAUUCGAUCCAUUCGGAUUGGACGGUAGACAGUCGGUUCCUUUGCCAAGCAGUGAUCCGUUUGGUAGUAGUAGUAGUAAAGAAUCCAAAUUAGGAACUGAUCCGUUCACAAACAUUAGUGGCAGAGCGUCUGCUCCCAUCAGGAGUUCGGGAAUGACUAGUGAAGAUUUUCAACUUGAGUGGGCUGCUCGUGAAAGCCUCAAACUUGAAGAAGAUAGGAAAAAAAGACAGUUGCAAGAACAGGCGGAUUUAGAAUUAGCUAUCAGUUUAAGUAAAGCUGAGUGUAAGAAGUCUUAGCUCAUGUCAAUAACUAUUGAGCUUGCAGUUGGUAUGCAUUGUUUAAGAGCUUUUUCUAUUUCGCUUACCAAAUGUAAAUGGACAUAUCAUUUAUGUUUAUGUUAAAUUUUUGUGUAACGUACGAAUUUUCAACGUUAUAAUUAAACACUCAUUAUGCCUGUGCCUCUUUACAUACUCUUUGUGGUAAUUUUUCAUACUUUCAAGAAUUAAAAGUGGCAAUACUUAGUUAAAUAUAACACUGAUAACGUUUAUCCUGAAAAUACUAUUGAAGCGUCCGUUCAGUAUUUAUCAAGACUACGACUAAAGAAUAAUUUUGUUUUUAUUUAUAAUUUUGGAGAUCAUAUCAUUUUUUUUUUUUUCAGUUAUUGCCGUUUAUUAUGAAUUUAGUCAUGUAAAUACUUAUGUUAUUAUUUAAAGUACAAUAUAAUUGUUAACAUUUUA